ACACUCCUCCUGUCCCUUCCCUUUCUUUAACCAUCUUGUCUCAUAUACUGAGCAAGUCAAGAGGAUUCCGAUUUCUGUCCCUUUUCCCCGAAUCUUGGAGUUACAUUCGUCUGUAAUCCAAAAUGGCGGAAUUCGUGCGUGCCCAGAUCUUCGGCACGACCUUUGAGAUCACAAGCAGGUACACAGAACUGCAGCCUGUGGGCAUGGGUGCGUUCGGCCUCGUGUGUUCGGCGAGGGACCAAUUGACCGGACAGCCUGUCGCUGUUAAGAAGAUUAUGAAACCUUUCAGUACCCCAGUCUUGUCUAAGAGAACAUACCGCGAACUGAAACUAUUGAAGCACUUGCGCCACGAAAAUAUCAUCAGCCUAAGUGAUAUUUUUAUUUCUCCCCUCGAAGACAUCUAUUUCGUAACCGAGCUCCUGGGUACCGACCUCCACCGACUGCUCACAUCAAGGCCGUUGGAGAAGCAGUUUAUCCAGUAUUUCUUAUACCAGAUCUUGCGAGGACUUAAAUAUGUGCACUCAGCAGGCGUUGUGCACCGCGAUCUUAAGCCGAGUAAUAUCCUUAUCAACGAGAACUGCGACCUGAAGAUUUGCGAUUUUGGUCUCGCCCGUAUUCAAGACCCUCAGAUGACAGGCUACGUGUCGACGAGAUACUACCGUGCGCCCGAGAUUAUGCUCACAUGGCAAAAGUAUGAUGUGGAGGUGGAUAUCUGGAGCGCCGCUUGCAUUUUCGCCGAGAUGCUGGAAGGAAAGCCUCUGUUCCCCGGCAAGGAUCAUGUGAACCAAUUCUCCAUUAUCACAGAACUCCUUGGAACCCCACCGGACGAUGUGAUUGAGACAAUCUGCAGUGAGAAUACUUUGCGAUUUGUCAAGUCUCUUCCCAAGCGCGAGCGUCAACCCCUCGCCACCAAAUUCAAGAACGCCGACCCGGAUGCGGUUGACCUUCUCGAACGGAUGCUGGUAUUUGAUCCGAAGAAGAGAAUCCGCGCGGGCGAGGCGCUGGCGCACGAGUACCUUGCUCCGUACCACGACCCCACCGAUGAGCCUGUGGCAGAGGAGAAGUUCGAUUGGUCAUUCAAUGAUGCUGACCUACCUGUAGACACCUGGAAGAUCAUGAUGUACUCGGAAAUUCUCGACUUCCAUAAUAUCGAUCAGGGUACCGAGGCGGCGAGUCAAGUCCUCGUUGAGGGAGCUGGCGAUGCCCAGCAAAAUUUUGCACCUAUUGUUAUGGUCAUAGACUUUCAUCAUGCAAGGGGCCCCGAAAUCGAACUGUGCUUUGGAGAAGACGGAACCGAUCCCGCGGUGAAGAAUGACUGGAGUUUGUUACCAUUCAUGGCCUUAUCAGACGGGGCGCAUAUGUCGACCGAGGAGUUCUCUUAUUUUACACUCCGCCGAAAGGAGACCGCCACGGAGCCUGCAACUUCCCUUUUCGGCAUAUCUUGUUCCAGACAAAUCGAUUCGAACUUGCUCCUAUACCGACCAUCCGAUGUGACAAGAUCCACAGUACAGAAGGCAGUUGUUGUCAUCACAGAUAGCCCCCAGAGCCUGGGCCAGCUGAGAGAGAAAUUGUCCAUAGUAACAUCUGCUUGGUUCGCGCAGCGGGAUUUCUCCGAUAUCGAUAUUUUGAAGAAAUUUCGAGAAAGCCUAGUCAUGAAUCUGAACAAGGAUGAAAGUUUCAAGGAUCAAAAUCUUGGACUGUCUCUGCGGGAAAUGAUCCAUGAGUUUAAGUAUCAAACUCUGGUCCUGUUCAAAGCCUUACUCCUGCAGCCCAAGAUGCUUUUCUUUGGUUCAAGAUGCGAGCGUUUAUGCAUGAUACAAUUCUCCCUCGUUUCAUUGAUACCUGGCCUCAUAAACUACCUUCAAGACUGUGCAGACCCAGCAUUCGAAAGCUAUACGAAGACUGUUGAGAAGCCUACCACUCUGAAAACAAGCGACAGAAGUUCUCUGCUGGCAUAUAUGGGAUUGCCGCUCCAAAUCUUUGGCAAGGGGAGCAUGUUCGGACCUUACACGCCUCUACAGCAACUGGAUCUGCUGGCGGAUCACGGCACGAAGUCAUAUGUAGUUGGCUCUACGAAUUCGUUACUUUUACAACAGAAAGAUCGCUAUAGUGACAUCUUAAUCAACCUUGACGAGGACACCAUUAAUAUCACGUCCCCCUCUCUACGAAAUGCACUGGCACUAUCUGUCGCAGACAGACGUUGGAUCGACCUUCUUACCCAGAUUAUCAACGAUACGUGGGACGAGGCGCACCCGGAACAACCCAAGACCCACGGGUAUAUGGGCUCUGAAGAAUUUAUCAGGCUACAAUUCGAAGAGUAUCUGCUGGCAUUGCUUUCAUGCAUGAAAUAUCAUGAGGAGCUGGAUUCCUUCAAUGCGGGUGACCCAGGCCGCAGAAGCAAAGAGCAAUUGGAAGCAUUUAACAUAGAAGGCGACCCUGCGCUAGAAUUCAACGCCGAGUUUCUGGCACAGUGGCAAAACACUUCUAAUUAUGCGCUUUUCAAACACCUGACCUCCGAUGCACUGUUGUACUCCAUCGUCGAGCCUCGCCAUCCUUGUGCCGGAGGUCUCACUAUGGACGAUGUUCAACGUCGGUUAUCACAACAAGUCGCGGAUCUUCAUCUGGACGAACGGGUACGGGAAAGCCGCGAGGCGCUCAAUAGGCAUAUCAGUACUGGCCAAAAGAAAGUAACCGCCGCAUUCAACAACUUCUGGGCCGAUAUCGAAGCGAUGCGAGAAGCACAGCGGAAAAAGAAUGAAGAGAGAACUCCCCAGUCACAACGGUCCUCAAUUGACAAGGGCUCUUCCCCUCAAUUUUCACCGUCUGAUACAGCAUCUGUGCAUUCCACUAGUGGUUCCUCUUGGUUCGGUGCUCGCAAGGCUCCUUCCGUGGACAUUACUCAAGCACAGGCAUCCGUGAGUGCCGCUGGUCAAAGGGCAGGGGCGUAUUUGAAUUCGUGGAGUACCUGGGCUAGCGAAAAGCGAAAGGAAUGGCAGGACAAAAGUAAAACCCCAUCCUCUCCAUCUUCAGUAACCUCACCAUCGACCCCGACAUUGGCGGGUACCGCAGAGCAGAGCGACCUGCCGGAAAGAGGUAGGCGAUCAAUGCAGGCAAGCCGCAGCGAAGACUCCAUUACUUUGUCUCGCAGCGGAAGUAGAAGGAAGAGAUGGAGCAACAUUUUCUUGAGACGGGAUAGCGGCGAGUAUGGCUCACUCAACCGCAAGGAUGAUGGUGACGGUGGCGAAUAUGACACUGCCAAUACACGCUCGCAGCUAUCGAACGAGGUCCCUGCUAAUGACGGUCCGUCGCACCCAACCGAACAGCCAUCUGAAGAGGCGAAGGCCUCCGCAGCAGCUCAGGUCAGCAGCACAAGCGAAAUCCACAAGCCCAAUGAGAGAAAUGAUACUACCACCACUGCCAACGCAUCAACUGAGCAGCCCAAGCCUUCGGUUAAGCCCCAGACCACCAUCGAUAAACAGGAUACCAUAGCAGAAGAGCCAGCAUCCACCGAGAGCAAGACUGAAAACGAAGCACCCACCACCGCAGAACAAGCUCCACAAAGCCAAUAA